ACCUUCACCGCCAAGGCAGCAUACACCCCAAGCCAUCAUGUCAACCUUCGACACACACUUCUUCUCCGGGCACACGCCUGCGAACCCCCUCGAUCAUCCUACAGAUCACUCUCCGUUUCACGACGAUAUGACUUACCUGGGGCAUACACCCACGGCCACACACCCUUCUCAGCCCCCAGCAGCUCCGCAGCCCUUUGGUCAAGCUCAGCAAACUGGUGCGACGAACGCGGCUGAAAGCCCGUUUAAUCAUCCUUUGCAGCACCCCGGUAACUUCUUCACGACGCCGAGUAGCGCGUCUUCUUCCUCCCACCGCUCGGACUUCAACACCGGUUUCGGCUGGUCCGAACAAAAUCAAGGCCAGCAGUCAAACGGCCAUCAAGAGCACUCGUCUGGUGGUGGAAGCGAUAUGUCCUCCGGCAUGAUCUCCGCCGCAGACCUCGUCUCCCUCGGAGACUUGAAUAACCCUAUCUCAUCCUCCACUGACCCACGCGGGUUUCAUGUUGCUCGUCCACAUGCAUCAUCGUUCUCCGCGCAUUCAUUCUCGCAGAGUCCGAUGUUUGACCACGGUGGGUAUCUCGCACAGCGUGCCGGGGGUUUUGGAACGCCUUUUACGCCAAAUACGCCGUUUACGCCGGCGAAUGCGGCGGGGGGUGGGGCGCCACAAGAUUAUUUCGGGAGUCCGACGUUGGCGAGUGGGGAUGGGAAUCCUUUACACACCCCUGCCGUCGCGAUUCCGUUGUCGAAUCGUCGUGCGUCGGGGGGUACGGCCCGUCGUCCGAGCCUGUUGAAUCAAGUUACGUAUGGGAAUGGGAUGGGGAUGUCGCCGACUGGGCAUUCGCCACCGGGAUCGCGUCCGGGGUCCUACCCAUAUCCGGAGAGUGCUAUCGUCGAAGACGACGUCGCGAGCAUGGUUGGUGUCCCGACCGGAUUCUUGACGGGACCUAUUAAAGGUGACGCGACCCAACAAGCCGAGAAGAGACGCAAAAGACGUGAAAGUCACAACGCAGUCGAACGUCGCCGUCGCGACAACAUCAACGAAAAAAUCAAGGAACUCGCAAACCUUCUCCCCAUGGAAGAUGGCUCAUUCCCUAACGUCACCGGCGCCAGUGAACGCAGGAACUCCACCUCGGGCGGGGAUGGCGAGGGCGGAGCCGGGGGCAACAAGAGGAGUCCCGGGGCGGAGGCAAAGUUGGAGAAGGAGAGGACCAAUAAGGGGAUCGUGUUGAGUAAGAGUGUUGAUCAUAUUCGGUAUUUGAAUGCCCGCUGCGCGGAACUUGAGGCGAGGAACCGCGAACUUGAGAUGGUGCUUAGGGGAGGUGGUGGAAACCAUACCGCCCUGUUGAAUACCCAAGCAAACAAUACGAUGCCGGGGGUCAACACGCAAGGUGUUCACCAUGCGUUUAACUUUGCUUCUCCGUUUGGUGGGCAGCAAAACGCGAACUGUAACGGGAAUGGAGGUGGUGGAGGGAUGGUGGCGAAGAUUAAAGAGGAGGGGAAUCAUGGGAGUGGACACGUCUCUGAAGAUGAGUUCAUGCCCCGUGGGUUCGGUGGUGGUGGUGGGACGAGGUUGAUGGAUGAGUCGUAAAUGGCUCUCUAGUCAUCGAAGCUUUGAGGUGUCGAACUUGGAACGGUGACACUCGGUGCUUUGUUUUUCGGGGAGGUAGUGGAGUCGUGUAAGACGAGUGUGUAGGACUGUACUGGCUUAUUCGGUAUGGUUGUUUCUUUUGGCAUGCUCUUUCGUUGUUCUGGUUCUCGGUCCGGGUUUCCGGCGUUUUUGUACUCCCUUUGGAUUGGUGAUGAGAAGUGAGUUGAAGUUUGGGAUUUCACUUGGGCUCUCGCGGGAGAGAGGAUGAUGUGUACGAUUAGGAUGUAGUAAUUCGCAUUUGGUAUUGUGC